AUGCUCGGAGCGAGACUUAAAACGCUCAUAGAGGAAGUGCAGGCACUGACGCAGUGCAAAAACGUAAAGUUCAGCAGACCACCAGUGACCGCGGAGACCAGAAGCGACACGCCCAGCAAGUACGCACUCGGAGGACUAAGGCACCACGGAGAGUGGAUAACAGCAUUCUGUAAAAUAGAAAACGCCCUGAGGAGGGAAAACGUGGACUUUGGAGAGUUCGCGAAGACGAAAACAGGACAGUCGUUCAUAAGGGCAAUCGCAUCGAGGGCGUAUUCACUCAACGCAAACGAUAUAUACGAGAUUCUACUGACAAUGUCAGUCCACAAGACUAAAGUUGACUCCCUGGAAUCAGUUUUGGUGGAGGAGUUGGAAGGGUCGCUGGAACACCUGCGCACGUUUCAACUGCUGAGCCUUCCAAGCUUAAUCGCCAGAAUGGACGAUCAAUUUCUACGAAAGUUAAAAAAGGUAACACCGCCAUAUACACAUAUGCAAACUGCCGAUAAGCAUACGUAA